ACGCGACAAAGUGAAUAUUGAAUAAAAAUAAAAAUGGAAGAUUCAACAAUCAACCAACAGACAAUAAUGAAUGCAUUGAAUGUGCUGCAGCAACAGCUGGACAGGCUGUUCAACACAGGCAGGAGACGCAGCAGCAGGAGCUGCAACACCAACUGCAGCAGAGUCUGCUGCAACAGCAGCAGUAGCCGCAACAUAAGCAGCAGCAGCUGCAACAACAACAGCAGCAGCCGCAACAACAACAGCACCCCCAACACGCAGCGCAGGAGGUGAAGCAGCAGCGCAAAAGAGGAACGGCUGCUGGCACGCGACGAUGCUCCUACUGCGGAAAAUGUCCGCGCGGCGGGAGGGGUGGCGGCAGAGACGGGGGCAGGAACGGCGGGAGGG